UUCGAGCUCAUCCGAAUACAGGGUGAUGUAAACGGUGCUUGAAGGUUCCUGUGUUCUUUUUGUUGUUUUGUGCGAUGUGCCAUCACGGAAACUAGAAAUAGUGUCAGGGUCACACUGAGACUUCGUUUCCAAAAGGGACUCGGCGAUCGGUGCAGUUUCCAGGACAUUCUUCAGAACUGUCGGUAUCGGCACGUACUGGAAGGACUCGUUCUGAUCAUUUGCAUACUGACAUUGCUGAGGCUUAAUGUAACGAAGGUAUCGUUUAGCAAACAUGUCGCGCUGGUAUGCAGACUGAACUGGGACAAAAAUCUGUUUCAGAAAGUCGCAUCGCAGCAGUUCUCGCAAGCUCUCCUUUGUGCUGAGAAUUUGCUCACCGAUUUCUUGGCGUAUUACUUCGAAAAGUUGCUCCACCACUGAACUCAUCACAGUUUCCAAAUCACAAAACGCCGCCUCACACGCCGACUCUGGCACUUUGUGCUCUUGCGUGAGCCGGAAAAAGAGGCCACAAACCGCUUUCGUUGCAUCGUGGACAAAAUCGAAGAACCCGUUUGCCGAUGCUGCUUGUGUCGACUGUUCGUCACCAGUGGCGUUGUCAGUAUCAAUAUCCAUUGCGUCGUUUACACCAUCAUCACCCCCGGAAACACCACUAAACCGUGGUUCGUUGGUGGGAGAUGCAUCUUCUGAUGGUUUGAUAUGUGUGCUGUAGAGGUGCUUCCUGUAUGAAUGAAUGUGUGAAUACGUUUUGUUACAGCCGUCGAUAUCGCACAGGAUAUUAAAGUUGGAUUCACCACUGUGAAUGUUUGCUAAGUGGGUAGCCACACGUUGCCGCGAACUUGCGAAAAAAGGGCACUUUGGACACCGGAACACAUUGCCAGGCGCAGCCAUUUCUGUUUACGGCUCAAGGGGCUGAGGUGAGCAGACGAGUGAAUGAUCGAAGCAACUUUACAAAGGCUCAUUGCAGAACAGCUUUUUACCGUUUUGUAAUGUGUUUCUAUCUGUUUUUUAUUUGUUGUUGAAUGAUACGGAAGCUUCUGCACCGUGCUGUAUAUCGUGCAUUUUUUUCGAAUCCAAUGACAGUCGUAAGCAAUUCCGGCCAAGUCAAGCCAAGCCAAUUCUCUCUGCGUUUGGCGCGCAAGAUAGUUACACAUAGGUGAGGUGCAGUGGUUGCGUCUGACGCCUGAAGCGGUUAUUCCUUUGCACUUGGUGCUGUUUGUUUGCCUCGAGUGGUGUGAUUGUGAACGCGGUCAUGAUGUAGAACGUCGCAGAAGAAACGAAGCCUGGCUCGCCGUUAUUUCAGUGCAAAUCAGGGCAUGUCUGACAGUAGCGAUCUUGUGUGUGUCGUGGAGCACGGAGCUUCGCGGAAAAAGAUCGUUGUGGGAGGAAAACGAAUGCUGGAUGACAUAAAGAAUGCGCUGUUGGGAUCCCCAUUCAAAGAACUUAUGAAUCGUGACCUUAUUGUACAGGUUUUUGAUGCUACAGUCAACGAUUUCAUUGACUUCGAGGAGUCUGACGUGCUAGAAGCGACGAGGCUGAGACUUGUUCUAGGCUCAUCACUAUCGACCUGCACUAGUAAAAGCACUUCGCCUUCAAUUGAAAAUGACCAAGGUCUCGCGGCAGAACAAGAUCCAGGCACGUCCUGCAGCACAGUUGGGAUGUCAGCGCUGUCCUCAGCUCUCAACAUUUCUGCCAACGAGUAUCGCUUUCCUGUCGUACCGCACCAUAUCCGGGCAGAAAUCGCAACCAUCAAAGACGGCUCAUUGUCGUUUACCCAGAAGUCAGACAUCGUCAACUGGCUUUAUUACGAUCUUACGAAAUAUACUUUGUACCCAGGGAAGCUGUAUUCCGUGUGUGCUCAGCAGCUUGUCUCUCGUUACCCGAAACUCAGGGACACCACAACAACUGGAUAUGGGACAUGGGUGAUGUCACUACGGUUCAAAGCAAAGAAUGUAAGAAGACGUCUUCCAUCUGGAACUGCUUUAAUUGAUGAAGCUCGUGAAAAGGCAAAGAAAAAGGCUUCAGUGCCCUCACCAACACCAGCACCGUCUUCAGCACCAUGUCAUGGAGCAACUAACCAGGUAACUGAAACUGGCGAUGGUGAAGACGAAGAGACAAUUGCUGCUCAUCUUGCAAUAUUGACCAAGGAGAUGAAAAAGCCUUUCCCAGACAUGGAGAAAGUGGAUCUGUCUAUGGACAGAACAUUUCAUGCAAGGAAAUCCUGGAUGUACCGUGAAAAGCCCUUUGUGGCAGAGAUCCUUCAAAAGUACCCAGCUCUUCGAAAUGAUGACCAGAUAUCACAUGAGUUUAGAAGACACACUGGAAUUGAUUGCGACAGUGGCAUCUUGGGAUUUGUGAACAAGUAUGGAGAGAAAGUGCUAAAUUUGGCUUCACGAAAGGGUCCUGGGAAGCAUCCAGUCACAGAGUUCUGGAAAGUGCUCGAUGCCGAGAAAGAGGAGACAAAAAAGUACGUCCUAGCUGUCGGUGUACUUCACUUCCUGCCACUGCUUGUUCGGGAAAAGGCUGGAGUACUUUUCAAGAAACUGGAGAACGAGGAAGACAUCAUCCACCCAAUGGUGGUGUACAGCGGAGAAGAUGUCUUCACCAGUGAGUGUGUAUACGUCCAUGUGGAGUGCCUAAAGAUUGAUGCUCUGGACAUGACAAGCGCGGUGUGUAUCCUCAUGGCUGCAUACUGGGCCUUCAACAUAAAAUAUGCGCCUGAUGCAGUACGGACACUAUCACUCCUAGAGACGUUCAUCGGUGUGAAUAAUCCGCGUAUGGGUGUGCUAUGCUCCCAGGCCAUUGCUGCCCUGAGGUCUUAAGUGAACUUAUGUGCAAACACACAUGGGGGAGAGGAUAGGUGCUGCGUAAAAGGGAUUGUUGUGGUGUCAUAUUGAGCACUUGGCAAAAUCUAGGCACUGUGCAGUUUAUUUGCAUGUAUUUGUUAAUUCUUAGAGGGGUGAUUUCACACUGUAUCAGGCAGGUUGGUCCGGUCGACCUCUCCAAUUUUGCCUUGUCCAAAGCCUUGUCCCUAGGAGGCAUAUUGGCACUGACAUUACUUAAAAAUAACUGGUGUUUUUUUUUAAAUUAAUUCUCAUUCGAAUGUGAGCAUGUUUUCAAUUCCGUGUUAGUGCCACGAAGCAACUGUGGCUAUGAGCAAUGUACAGACGUGGACAGAUGCAGAGGGGACAGCAGGAAGGAGUGGGGGACAGGGGUGGGGGCAUUUCAAUCACUGCGCUUGCUACGAAAUUUGACGCCACGUAUCUUCAUAACUAUUCACCAUAUUCAGCUGAAUUUUUUUCCACAUAUUGUCAGGUGUGGGUAGCAUUGCAUCCUAAGUUCUGAAGAUUCUAGGGUUUGCCUUUAAGAAAAUAAAAAAUCACAAAGUUGCCUCAUUUGUAAAAUAUGGUAGGUUUUAGAAACCUCACUAGUCGCCUCCCAGUUGCGGUACUUGAAAGUAAUCUACAUAAUUGUGUUCAUCUCGAAAUGCCCUUUCUUCUCAUAGCACGUGCAUCGUAUUGUGAUUUGGGGCAACG